AUGGCCAACUUAGUUAUUCCACCUUGGAGAGGAAAAGUUUAUCCCCCUCAAUUACUCCCACUCCAGUGCUACAAUUCUGCCACUACCUCUUAUCAGCCACCUCCACCUCCUGAAUUUUAUCAGCAACCACCUGCAAAUAAUUUUUACCAUCAACCUCCUGUGGAUAAUUACUACCAGCAACAUCCUGAAUUUUAUCAGCAUCCAUAUGCAACACCUUUUUACCACCAACCUCCUGCAAAUGCCUACUAUCAACAACCCCCUGCAAACAACUUACCCUUGAAUCCUGGACCUAUGAGACACCCUCAAGCAUCUGAAAGAGAAGAUUUAGACCCCUUGGAACCACAGGCACCCUUAUCUACUCAAAAUACUGGAAGUCAUCAUGGAGGACCUAAGAAAAGACAGGAGAAAACUGGAUUAUCCCCCACUCACCUUGGACACAAGAAAGCCCUUCCAAACCACUCUUUGGACAGAGAACCAGAAAUGCCUGAAUAUACUGGAGCAAGAAGGAAGAUAGUCAAAAUCAAACCUUUGGACAAGAGACUUUUUUUUGAUGGUAGCAACAUGCCCAUAGAAGAAUUUAUUAGUCAGUAUGAAGAAGCUGGAAAAUAUGUUGGAGCAAGCUCUCAAGACUUGGCCCACCAAUUCAUAUCAUUUAUCAGAGGACCAGACCUACAAGAUGAAGUGGAAGAGAUGUUUGGAUUUGAAAACUGCAAUUGGGAAACCUUGAAGAGAGAAUUAAUAGGAAGAUUUGCAAUCAAACUCACCCUGGAAGAAUGUGCUAGAGAAGAAUUGGUAGAUUUGGUCAGCUAUGUUGCAAACAUGGGAGGAAUCAGUACUCCAGAUCACUUCAAACCAUUCAGAUCCCAAUUUGAACAAAUUGCUCACUACCUAAUCAUAAAUGGAUACAAUUCCUGCAUGGAUGAAUUUGCAAAAUUAUUUUGGCAAUCCCUCAGCCCAAAUUUGGAAAAAGCCAUAUCUGAUCCACUUAUCUGGGAUGGUCACUUGGGUUUGGAUGAAAAUUUUCACAUUGCAGAACUACCACCCUAUAAUAUCAUUCUGGAAUAUAUUGGUAUGGAGCUUGAAAAAAUGGAUACUCUUCAAGAAGAACCUGGUCAACCUGAACAAAAAAACCAGCAGUUCAAUCAGAAUUACCAUACAGUAACCAACAUGGAAGAAUAUAACUCAGAAAUCCAGUCACCACUUACAGAAAAUUUCCCCCCAGCACUUUCAAAUUUGGAACCAUGCCCCCUGAUCCUGGACAAUGAACCAUCCCUGGAACACUUGGAAAAGGAAGAAACCAAAAACUUUGGAUCAGAAACAGAAAUCUUACCAGCAAAAAUUCAUUCAGAAAUAUCCUCACCAUAUUGUGCCUUGAUUGAAGAAAAUUGUUCCCCUGUAGUAUCAGCAGCCAUGGAAUUUUCCCCCCAGCUACCUCAGAAUUGUGAAGAAUUGGAACCCUUGGAAAAAAAUGAAAAAGAAAAUCCUGGACCAGAAAGUGCCAUCUGUGAAGAAAGCAGACCUACAGAGGAAGAAAAAUUCUCAGAAAAAAUUCAUCCCCAAGAAUAUUUAUCUUUAGAUCAAGUGGAAGAAAUCCCAGACAAACCUGUUCCUGAAUUUGCAAAAUUCCUAGAAAUCCUGGAAGAGAAGUACAAUGAAUUGGAACUCAAGUGGAGUCAAGUCCAGGAAUUAGAUCAACCAUUUGCUCAGAAAUUUGCUUCCCACCAGAAGAAAUCCCAGAAAAUCUUGUGA